AGGAACUAACGGUGAAAGCAGCAUGUUAGCAAACGGGCUGAGCACGGCGAGCUGCCGGGAGCCGGAGGCCGGCGCUCGGAGCAGGCGGUGAGCGGCGGCCGGACGCACCAGGCGUGGAGGAGAAGUAGAGAUGGAGGCGAGCUUAUCAGCUCUGCCGCCCCAAGCCCCAGCGCUAACCCUCCCUGAAACCGCAAAUCUCUGCCCGGCAGAGGCUGAAGAUACCUGAGAUAAAAUCAGCCGGUGCCCACAGCCAGGCAUGGGGCGUUGUGCCCCAGGAUCGGGUUGCGCGGGGCCGAGAGCCGGUGGGAGGCUGUGCCGGAGGGGCCCCCGCCAGAUCACCUCACCGGUGCGCUUUUCCACGCCGGCACCUGCAGCAGCGUGGGCUGCCAAGCGCGGGGGCGGAGGUGUCAGCGCUGCAGAAAGGCUUCGGGGGGAGAGGCUGCAUCUGACGGCAAAAGGACAUUUUGCUCCAGGAAGCGUCGGUGAUGCCAAAGCCACGGAGGAGACCAUGGCCAGGCGCGGUGCCGGGACACCCUUCCUGCUGCGGCUCUCCCUGCUCCUGCUCCUCCGGCCAGGCGGGACCCUGGGCUGUGCCUCGGUGGCCGUGGGCUCACCCGUUGUGCCCCUGGGUUCGGCCGUCACGGCGUCCUGCACCAUCCAGAGCGAGCUGUGCCGCGGCUUGGAGCAGGGGAAGGUCUGGAUCACCUGGAUGCUGGACAACGAGCCCGUGGCCGGGAGCCAGCACCGGGGCCCAGGGGGCACGGAGGUGUCCAACCUCACCCUGCCCCAGUUCAACCGCACGCAGGCCAAGCUGUGGUGCUGGGUGGAGUGGAACGGGACCAAGCAGCGCAUCGGCAUGGCCGAGAUCAGGGCGGGUUACCCACCUGCAAAGCCUUUCAACCUCAGCUGCAUCCUGGACCUCAGCAAUUACGGGCUGACGUGCCAGUGGGAGCAGGGAGCCGACAGCCACCUCCCCACCAGCGUUGCACUGAAGUGUGCUGGAAGCAGAGCCCAGGCGGUGACAGGCUGCACCCCACAAGGCGGCCGCAGCCGCUGCACGGUGCCACGCCGGCUGCUCCAGCUCUACCGGCAAAUGGAGAUCUGGGUGUCCGCCACAAAUGCCCUCGGCACAACCGAGUCAGAGCAUCUCUGCAUCGACCCCAUGGACGUCGCCAAGCUGGACCCCCCAGCCCUGCAGAGCAUCCAGUCCAUCCCCUUCCAGACCGACUGCGUCGCCCUGGCCUGGGAGGUGACGCGGAGCAACGCACACAUGGAGCUGCAGUGCGAGCUGCGCUACCGGGCACCAGAGGACCCUGCCUGGGCUGUGGUCACCGGCAUCGUCGGCCAGGCCGGCAAAAUGCAGCACUGUGGCUUCCUCUUCGGCACGCAGUACCGCUUCCAGAUGCGGUGCCGGCGGAGCUCGGCACAGGGCUACUGGAGCGAGUGGAGCCCGGGCAGGAACUACACCACCCACGAGAAAGCCCCCAUGGGGAAGCUGGACGCGUGGUGGAGCGCUCGGCCAGCCGGGGCAGGCGGGCGGCUGGAGGUGCAGCUGCGCUGGAAGGCUCCACGGCCGCGGGAGGCAAACGGGCGAGUGCUGGGGUACUGCGUCACCCUGAGCCCCAGGAAGAGGGGCAGGGACCCCCCCACUGUCUGCAACACCACCCACACCCAGUGCAACUUCUCCGCGCCAGCGGGGACCAGGAGGGUCUAUCUCUCAGCCUACAAUGCAGCCGGCGAGUCGGCACCAACCGAGGUCAUCCUCCUGGAGAGGAAAGGUCAGCCCCUGGCUGGGCUCCGGGCCGUGCCCAGGGGCGAGCGCAGCCUCUGGGUGUGCUGGGAGGCACCGCCGACCCCGGUGGCUGCCUACGUCCUGGAGUGGCAGCGGGUGUCCUCGGAGCCCGGUCGCUGCAGUGCUUGCUGGCAGAUGGAGCGUGACGGGGCUACCACCGCAGUCCUCAUCCGGGAUGGCAUUGAGCCUUUCCAGCGGUACAACAUCUCAGUGUACCCCCUCUAUAAAGACACCAUAGGGGUGCCCGUCCACACCGCAGCCUACUCCAAGCAGAAGGCACCAUCCUACGCCCCGAAGCUCUACCUGAAGAGCAUCAGCAAGUCUGACGCUGAGCUGUGCUGGGACCCAGUGCCGGUUGAGAUGCAGAACGGCUUUAUCACCAGCUACACCAUCUUCUGGGCCAACAGCACCGCAGAAGUGUCCAGUGCCACCGUGAACCCCUCUCUCAGCUCCUUUGUCAUCCGCAAGCUGAAGCCAUCAACCCUGUACAAAGUGCACAUCAUGGCAUCCACGGCCGCCGGCAGCACCAAUGGCACCAGCCUGACCCUGGUGACCAUGGUGCUAGAUGACAUCGAAAUCCAGUUCCUCUUCCUGACCCUGGGGCUGAUCUUUGUCUUGCUUAUACUUCUGCUCAUCUGCUUCCAGAAGAAUGGGCGGGUGAAGCAGCAGUUCUGGCCCAGCGUCCCCGACCCCGCCAACAGCAGCCUGGGCAAGUGGGUGCCGGCAGAGCUCCAGCAGGAGCCUCUGCAGCUCCCCGGCGUGAGGGAGCCCGGCCUGGCGACCAUUUCUACCGUCGCAGUGCUUGAAAGGGCGUCGGGGAAGCAGCCGUCCGCCUGGGGCAAGGAGCCCUCCGCCGAAACCGCCGGCACCUUCCCCGCCGUGCCCCAGCCCUACGUGCGGCAGGAGGGACCCGGCACACCGGGCCGCGGCCGGGCGGCAGCGGAGCCGUGCCAGGGCCUCGGCGGGAGCGGGGAAACCGUCCAGUACGCGCAGGUGGUGGGCGACGGGUACAAGGGCCAGCAGCACGCCCCGCCUCGCCUCUACCUGCGCUCCAACUCCACUCAGCCCCUGCUCCUCGACCCCAGCCCCAGCCCCAAGCCCUACGAGAACCUGUGGUUCCACGGGGCCCCCCCUCACGGCUGCCCCGGGGACGGGGCUUUCUCCGAGGAGCUGCCCGCCACCUUCCCCCUGCUGCAGGGCCUCCGCAUCGGCGGGGCCGAGGAGCUCCACGACUGCCGGGCGUUUUAGUGCCGGGGACCGGGGCAGCGGUAACGG